CGUAUCUUCUGUUCCUUUCCGUUCUGGUUUUGGGAAUUUAGUCCCUUGUUAGUAUCUUCUAGGGUUUGAAAAGAAGCACAGGGAGAAGCAAAAGUCGAAUCUACUUGAAAUACAUUCGAUUGCUUCUCUCUGUUUAAGCUUCAGAGUCUCUGCUAAUUAUGGGUUCGAAUAAUUUAGCUAAUUCGAUUGAAUCGAUGUUAGGAAUAUCAAUAGGAUCAGAAUAUAUUUCUGACCCAAUUUUCAUUAUGGUCACAACUGUAGCUUCAAUGCUGAUUGGAUUUGGUUUCUUCGUAUGUAUGAAAUCUUCGUCUUCUCAAUCAAAACCUAUUGAAACUUAUAAACCAAUAAUUGAUAAAGAAGAAGAGGAGAUUGAAGUUGAUCCUGGUAAAAUUAAGCUCACUAUAUUUUUUGGUACUCAGACUGGUACUGCUGAAGGAUUUGCUAAGGCAUUGGCAGAAGAAAUUAAGGCAAAGUACAAGAAAGCAGUUGUUAAAGUAGUUGACCUGGAUGACUAUGCAGCCGAGGAUGAUCAAUAUGAAGAGAAAUUAAAGAAAGAGUCUUUGGUGUUUUUCAUGGUAGCCACUUAUGGUGAUGGUGAGCCAACUGACAAUGCUGCGAGAUUUUACAAAUGGUUCACUCAGGAACAUGAAAGGGGAGAGUGGCUUCAGCAACUAACUUAUGGUGUUUUUGGUUUGGGUAACCGUCAAUACGAGCAUUUCAACAAGAUCGCGGUAGAUGUGGAUGAGCAACUCGGUAAACAAGGUGCAAAGCGCAUUGUUCAAGUGGGGCUCGGUGACGAUGAUCAAUGCAUUGAAGAUGAUUUUACUGCUUGGCGAGAAUUGUUGUGGACUGAAUUGGAUCAGUUGCUCAAAGAUGAGGAUGCUGCUCCUUCAGUGGCUACACCGUAUAUUGCUACUGUUCCUGAAUACAGGGUAGUGAUUCACGAAACUACGGUCGCGGCUCUGGAUGAUAAACACAUAAAUACUGCUAACGGCGAUGUUGCAUUUGAUAUUCUCCAUCCUUGCAGAACCAUUGUUGCUCAACAAAGAGAGCUCCACAAACCCAAGUCUGAUAGAUCCUGUAUACAUCUGGAGUUCGACAUAUCAGGCUCUUCCCUUACAUAUGAGACUGGAGAUCAUGUUGGUGUUUAUGCUGAGAACUGCGAUGAAACUGUCGAGGAAGCAGGGAAGCUGUUGGGUCAACCCCUGGAUUUGCUGUUUUCAAUUCACACGGAUAAAGAAGACGGGUCACCCCAGGGAAGCUCAUUACCACCUCCUUUCCCAGGUCCUUGCACCUUACGAUCUGCCCUAGCACGCUAUGCUGAUCUUUUGAAUCCUCCUAGAAAGGCUUCUCUGAUUGCUCUGUCCGCUCAUGCAUCUGUACCCAGUGAAGCAGAGAGAUUGCGCUUUUUGUCAUCACCUCUGGGAAAGAAUGAGUAUUCAAAAUGGGUAGUUGGAAGUCAGAGGAGUCUUUUGGAGAUCAUGGCCGAGUUUCCAUCAGCAAAACCCCCUCUUGGUGUUUUCUUUGCUGCAGUAGCCCCUCGCUUACCGCCUCGAUACUAUUCUAUCUCAUCCUCUCCUAAGUUUGCUCCCUCAAGAAUUCAUGUGACGUGUGCUUUAGUAUAUGGUCAAAGCCCUACCGGAAGGGUUCACCGAGGAGUGUGUUCGACAUGGAUGAAGCAUGCAGUUCCUCAGGAUAGCUGGGCUCCUAUUUUUGUUCGAACGUCAAACUUCAAGUUACCAGCUGACCCCUCAACUCCAAUUAUCAUGGUGGGACCUGGUACAGGGUUAGCUCCUUUCAGAGGAUUUCUGCAGGAAAGAAUGGCCCUCAAGGAAAAUGGUGCUCAACUUGGCCCAGCAGUGCUCUUUUUCGGAUGUAGGAAUCGUAAUAUGGACUUCAUUUAUGAAGACGAACUAAACAACUUCGUGGAACGAGGAGUAAUUUCGGAGCUAGUUAUUGCCUUUUCACGUGAAGGGGAAAAGAAGGAAUAUGUUCAACAUAAGAUGAUGGAGAAAGCAACGGAUGUAUGGAAUGUGAUAUCAGGGGACGGUUAUCUCUAUGUGUGUGGUGAUGCCAAGGGAAUGGCCAGAGAUGUCCAUCGCACGUUGCAUACCAUUGCCCAAGAACAGGGACCCAUGGAAUCAUCUGCUGCCGAAGCUGCAGUAAAGAAACUCCAAGUUGAAGAACGAUAUCUAAGAGAUGUCUGGUGAUCGAAUGUAGCUUGCCAAGUCCCCUUUUCUUGGCUGGUCUGUUUAUGGUUUCUAUUAUAUUAUUGAUCCUCCUCUGAAAAUCCCAAGCACUUCCAGACAUCCCUCGAUUCUUCCUCCAGUGGUUCCAAAUCGAAGCUCGGUAUAAUUGAGAGCAGUGCAAUUGUGACUACAUGAGAAGCAAACAUCGAAUACCAUAGAAUUAGAAAGAUCAAAAUUCUCUUAUCAGAACAAUGUUACAGGCAAAACUGUGUUUGCUUAAUAUAAAUUUCACACCAUGGGUGUGGACAACACUGAAACAGUAUUAGCUAUACCAACAAAGUUAUGCAAGGAAACACAAACUAGUUAGAUCUUCUCUUUGGAUUGAUUACUGUAAGUUCUAACCAGAUGAUAGAUUGUACUUAAAGAUUCUUGUUUUCUUAUGGCUACCGAGAGGAUUAUAUUAAUGCAUUUAGAGUUUUGAGA